GCAUGGGCGGGUGUGGGCGCUGACAGGGCUGCUCCUCCCUCCGCUCGGGGCCUGUCACGUCAGCCGCGCGGCGCUCGGCGGGGGGAGCCGGCCGCCGCCGCCAUGGAGGCGAAGCUCGCGGACCUGCGGCUCUGCGACAGCCUCAUCCUCUGGUUGCAGACGUUCAAUACUGCGGCACCUUGCAGAGAUGUUCAAGACUUGACUAAUGGGGUAGCCAUGGCACAGGUACUUCAUCAAAUAGAUGUUGCUUGGUUUGAUGCAUCUUGGCUGAGUCGCAUUAAAGAAGAUGUUGGUGACAACUGGAGGAUAAAGUCUAGUAAUCUGAAGAAGAUACUGCAAGGAAUUAUGGACUACUAUCAUGAGUUUUUGGGUCAACAGAUUUCAGAAGAACUUAUUCCUGACUUAAAUAAGAUAUCUGAGAAUUCAGAUCCCGCUGAACUGGGAAGACUUAUGCAGCUUAUUCUAGGCUGUGCAGUCAACUGUGAAAGGAAACAAGAACACAUACAGAAUAUCAUGACCCUUGAAGAGUCUGUUCAGCAUGUAGUCAUGACAGCCAUUCAAGAGCUCAUGAGCAAGGAAGUAAUGGGUCCAUCUGCAAGUGAUAACUCAAGUGAAAUGGAACAGCAGCUUAAAAAAGCUUUGGAGGAUCUUCAAGAAGCACUAGCAGAAAAAGAAGAGUUGGCACAAAGAUGUCAAGAGCUAGAUCUGCAGGUGGCUGCCCUUCAGGAUGAAAAAAACAGCUUGAUGUCAGAAAAUGAGAUAAUGAAUGACAGACUAGAGCAAUUAGAUGACUCAAUUGAUGAUCCAAAUACUGUGGUAGCAAAAAAGUAUUUUCAUGCACAGUUGCAACUAGAACAACUGCAAGAGGAAAACUUCAGGCUUGAAGCUGCAAAAGAUGAUUAUCGUGUCCAUUGUGAAGAUCUAGAGAAACAACUGAUUGAACUGCAGCACAGAAACAACGAACUGACUUCUUUGGCAGAAGAAUCUAGGGCACUGAAAGACGAAAAUGAUGUUCUUAGGGCUACUGCAGACAAAGCAAGUAAGCUGGAAUCAACUAUUGAGGUAUAUCGUAAAAAGCUACAGGAUCUGAAUGACUUCCGCAGACAAGUCAAAUCUCUGCAGGAAACCAACAUGAUGUAUAUGCACAAUACAGUCAGUCUGGAAGAUGAACUAAAAAAAGCCAACGCAGCCCGUGCCCAAUUAGAAACCUACAAAAGACAGGUCCAGGAGCUUCAUAACAAGCUGUCUGAAGAAUCAAAAAGAGCUGAUAAGCUAGCAUUUGAGAUGAAACGACUUGAAGAAAAAUAUGAAGCUUUAAUCAAAGAAAAAGAAAGACUGAUAGUGCAGUGUGAUGCAUUAAAAGAGACUAAUGAAGAGCUCCGGUAUUCACAGAUGCAGCAGGAUCAUCUGAGUCAAGCAGGUGCAUCUCGUGUUAAAAGCCACGAUAAUCUUGCUGCUGAAAUUCUGCCAGUAGAAUAUAGAGAAAUGUUUAUUCGGCUGCAGCAUGAAAAUAAGAUGCUUCUGUUGCAACAGGAAGGAUCAGAAAAUGAACGUAUUACGGAGCUCCAGAAUCAGCUGGAGCAAAAGCAUCGGACAGUAAAUGAACUAGAAACUGAGAAAAGGCUAAAUGAGGAGCAUAUUGGAGAGUUAAAACAGCAGAUUGAAGACCUGCAAAAGACUUUGCAGGAGCAGGGAUCCAAGACAGAAGGAUCUAGCAACCUGAAGCAGAAAUUGGCAGCACAUAUGGAAAAAUUGAGUGAAGUUCAUGAUGAGUUACAGAAGAAGGAGGCUGCUCUUGCAGAACUGCAGCCUGAUGUCAGUCAGAACCCCCAGAAGAUUGGAGAACUGGAAGCAGCCUUGCGAAAAAAAGAUGAGGACAUGAAAGCAAUGGAAGAAAGAUAUAAAAUGUACCUUGAGAAAGCAAGAAAUGUGAUAAAAACCUUAGACCCCAAGCUAAAUCCAGCAUCAGCAGAAAUAAUGUCACUCAGAAAACAGAUAACAGAGAGAGACAAAAAGAUUGAAGCAUUGGAGACUGAAAACAAACUUGCUAAAUUACGUGAUUAUGAGGAAAAGCUAAUUGUAACUGCAUGGUAUAACAAGAGCCUAACCCUCCAGAAACUAGGUAUGGAAGCUAGACUGGUUGGCAGUAGUGGUGCCUGCAGAGAUGGCCCAGGACGCUCCUUCUUAGCUCAACAACGUCAUGUCACCAAUACCAGAAGGAAUCUCACUGUUAAAGUACCAGGUGCAACAUCUGAGUGAACCACAAGGACCAUGAGGGAAACUCACAAGCUUAAGUGUCCUUAAAAGUUUUAUAGCUUCCACUUCAACUACUUGAUGAAAGAGGAGGUUAUGAUGGAGGGCAAUUGUGAAUUCAACAUCAGAACCUAUCAAGAACUGAUUAAUUUGAUCGGUGGUAUCUAGAAGGUAGCACGUAGUUUUCCAAGUAGAAGUAAAUUUAAUAACUGCAGUAUGUAUUUACAAGCACAACUUAAGAUUUAUAUUUGCCUUCAGAAUAUAUUGUAAAUAUAAAAAUUGGCACUAUAUAUUUAAACCUAUUUAAAGUGUUUGGGCUAGAGAGUCGACUUUUGUAACAGGGAGAUGUUAUGCAAAAAUGUACUUCAGGAAACUGGCAAUACGUGACAUUUUUGCUGGGCUCUUCUGAAAAUAAAUUUAAAAGAUCAGUACCAAGUUUUAAAAAUGCUUUAUAAAUAAUAUAAAGUACAAUUUUAGAAGUAAGAAAAUAUUUGCAUUUACUUAAAAAAAAUAAAAAUGUAGUACUAGUUGACUUGUAUAGACUAGCUGACUAGUUGACAGGCUUUGUCAUCGCAAGUCAGAGGCACGAUUACUCAGUCUAUUUAAAUAACAAUUAAGUUUGUGCAUAUAUACACUAAGGAAAGCUUGUCUUUAAGAUGUUGAAUUCACCAAAGCCAAAUAAGCUGACUUUUUUUCCUGUUUAAGAAAAAAAAAAAAAGCUAUUGUAUUAACUCAAGUCUGGGCUAUGUUUUAAAAGUCUGGAGUAUUGGUACACUUCAUUUACGGGGGGGAGAGUGAGAGGCCAGGGCACAGGUAGUGUUGGUGUGGGUGGGAAGGAAACCUGUGUAUUUCCAGCUGUUUAUACAAUCUCUUGAAUAGAAAUGAAUUUUCUUAAUUUUUAAAUGUAGUUUCACUGCAGUUAUUCUGAACUAAUUGUGCUAUGCAGGUAAAUGAAAGAUUGCUUUGCUAAUUGCUGGCAGCAAAAAUUAUUUGUUGGCAGGGAGAAAAGUGCAUAAACUGUAGUAGUUCCAGUAUCUAGAUCUAGGGAGAUGAAAUUGGGAUUAAUACCUGAAAUUUGGGCAGGGGAAGCUGCUACCUUUCACAAAAUUAUGUCACGUUAUUUACAAAGUGUCUUAUUUUUGUUGCAAACUAUAUUUUUAAGAAGUUUGCUAAUUCCAUUCUUUGCAAACUGUCUAGAACAAACUCAUUAUAGCUGUGGUUAAACGAAAUAAAACUACAGCACCCCUUAAACGAAUGCACUUAACACUAAGCAGUUCAGGGUGCUGUACCAGUCCAAAACCUAAUGUAAAUCUCAACCACAUGCAUGAGUAAAAGCAUAUGUCUGUCUGCACCACUAAGGCCAUCUUUUGAGAACUGGGUUCGGCUUUGCUUUUGCAGAAUUUUCUGCUACUUUGAGUAUGUUUUGAAUUGUGAAUUCUGCAUAGUCCUGCAGUUUGCAUGCCCCUCAGUAUGGCUUGCUUUUUGAUUUCUUCCUUCCCUAGCAUCUUAUUCUUUUUCUUGGGCAUUGUAUGCAAUGCUAGAGAAAAGGGAAGUGUUCAUUUUUAAUACUUAGUAAGCGUUGCUUCUUAAUUGAGGUGAUGGCUUACGGUGUUAGAUGUUUAGGCAUUUAGUGAAAAUUUCUCCUUGCGAAACUUACGUCUACGUGAGGCAUCUAAAAGCCAGACUCAUGAAAGGUGAUAGGAACAGAAUAUUGCAAACGAGCUGUUGUUGGACAGUUUUGUCUGUCAGGUUGUGUUCUUCAGGACUCUGCUUUUUUGGACUACCUCUUGGGUUUUGAAGUCUUUUACUGCUGCAGUGAUAAUAUUUUUUUUAUUAUUGUUAUUAUUAAGAUACAAUUGUGUAUUUAAUCUCUUGGUGGUGUGGGAGCUGGUGGUGAGCAGCGGAACAUAAGCAUUUUGCUAAGGUUACUCUCACUUUUCUAAAGCCUAGUACUUCGGUGUGUUCUAGUGAAAUGUGAAACUGUCACUGGUGUUGAAUGGGUCUCAGCUUUUGUUCUUUACAGCAUGAAAACUUUCAUGGACAUCCUUCAAGUAUUCAUUUAGUUAAUAGGCUUGAUACAUUCGUUGUUCUCACAGUGGUAGAGCUGUGUCAGUAGUUAUAUCAGGUGCUGAAUAGUGAAAACCUUGGAGCAAAUGUCUUUGAUACACGCUUCUCAAAACUGCAGACCCUGGGACCAAAAAUGACCAAGAACCUCCCUAUUGUUUAAUUAGAAGCUUGUCUUCUGAGUAGCAAUGAAAAAAAUUAAAUACUGAACUACUACUGGGGAUAAACCUUUUUCAGGGCUGGCUAGUCCCCAGGAUUCUUAUUGGGGGAUGCCGAAAACGAAUCAGGUGUUCAGGUAUUAGAAAAGAUUUUACUUAUUUGGGAGUUUUUCAAACUGUUAAAACGUAAGUGGCUAAAUACAAUUUUAUUUAGCGUUUCUUUGGGAUUUUGAGAACCUGUGGAAGAGUGGCUGUUUUAUAGCUGGUUCAACUUGCAUUGCGUUCUGUGAAUGAGGAACUGAUCUGCAGAAAUAACUAUUUGAUAAGCCAUACUGUUGUAUUCACUUCAGCUUAUCUGGGUGUGCAGAAAGGAUCGUAAUAAAUAUAGUUUUAAUAUUAACUUCAUUAACGUCAAACACAGCUGCUAGUAGAGUUGUGUUAUGGCUAAAUUUCACGUGGCACAACAGAAUGAUCUAAGUGCUGCUUGAUGCAACGUGUGCUACUGCUAAGCUCUGGCCAUUGCUGGGGCAGGGCAAAGAAAGAGGCUGCUUGGCUCUGCAGCAAGAUUAAUUUGUGUCGUACCCAGACUUCACAGUUAAGAACAGAUUCAAAUGAUGAGUUGAAAUCAUGGAAUAUUGCUGAAUUUAAUCAGCACUAUUAGUAAUUUUGGUCGUUUUCUGGUAAAACGGGUAAUACAGAUCCAAAGAAGCAAAAAUAAGUUCUGAUUGACUUAUUUGUUAACUCAUAAUUUUCUUUAUAUGAGAUUAAGAAUAACUGCUAUGGAAGAGAAGAAUUUUAUAGCAAUAAUACAAAUUUGGGGCUAGUAGGUUCUUCUUAAGGUGGAUCAGGCAGCAGUUUUGAGAAGACUUUUGGAGCAGCUGUAUUGUAGUGGAUUAAGAAACAAAAAUUUUCACUGAACUCUUUUUUUUCCUUCAUUAAAUAUAUAUGUAUAUGGGUAUUCUAUUUUAUACAAUAUAAACUUACUUGGAAAUAAGUAAUAUAAGCAAUACCAAUGUUUUAUUUAAGUAGCCAUAGUUUAGGAAAUAGAAAAUGAAAACAAUUGUUUGAGUUUAUAAUGUCUAGUAAAAUGACUUUCUUAAGACUUCCUUGCUUUUUUUCCUUUUCCCCCCACUAGUCAAGCUAGAGUUAAGAUUUUCUGUGUAUCAGUGUCUACAUCAUCAGUUUAAAACAAAUGUAAACACUGUGUUGCAUAGAACCUGAAAAGUUGCACUAAUUUUUAAUCUUUGUUUUGUUUCUUUGGAAAUAAUUCUUUUAUAUUCACAUAAAGAUUUUUAAAA